CCCACUGGGAGGGCAGACACUUCCCUGGCUGGACGUCUCGACGAUGGACAGGGAUCUCAGUGACGAUGACAGUGUGAUGGACCUCAGCUUCGAGGCCGAGAGUCCUCUGGCGCCCCCGGCUGAACUCCUGGAGAGGCUGCCCAGCUGUGACUGGCUUCUUCAAGGGGACAGAUGCCAGAUAUUCUUCCCACCUUCGGAGGCCCCGGGGAGACCCCAGGAACAAAGGUGCUGGUCUUCGUUCCUGGAACACAGAGUCCCCGUGGUGACAGAGGAGGUGGCCCGGGAAGCCCUCCUCAGCUUCGUGGACUCCAAGUGCUGCUACGGCAGCGCGGCCGCCGGCGACCUCGUCAUCCUGGAGCUGAAGCAGCAGGCCCUGCGCAGGUAUCGACUAGAAACCUUCAGUGAAUCCAGGAUAAGUGAAUGGACUUUUCAGCCCUUUACCAACCACUCCGUGGAUGGGCCACAAAGAGGGACCUCCCCCAGGCUUUGGGACAUCAAGGUCCAGGUUCCCCCGAUGUUUCAGGAAGAUACCAGGAAGUUCCAAGUCCCUCACUCAUCAUUGGUCAAGGAAUGCCACAAAUGCCACGGGCAUGGGCGCUACAAGUGCAGCAGCUGCCACGGGGCCGGCACGGUGCGGUGCCCCUCGUGCAGCGGGGCCAAGCGCAAGGCCAGGCCCGCCCGGCGGUGUCAGAUGUGCUCGGGGUCCGGCAGGCAGAGGUGCAGCACAUGCUCAGGGAGGGGGAACAAGACCUGUGCCACCUGCAAGGGCGAGAAGAAACUGCUGCACUUCCUCCAGCUGGUCAUCGUGUGGAAGAACAGCCUGUUUGAGUUUGUGUCUGAGCGCCAGCUGGGCUGCCCUGGGGAGCUGCUUGCUAAAGCCAGAGGAGAGACCCUCUUUAAGGAUGAAAACACGAUGGUGUACCCCAUCGUGGACUUCCCCCUGCGGGAGAUCUCUCUGGCCUCCCAGCGGGGUAUCGCUGAGCACAGCGCUGCGCUGGCCUCCCGAGCCCGCGUCCUGCAGCAGCGCCAGACCAUUGAGCUGAUCCCCCUCACGGAAGUUCGUUACUGGUACCAAGGAAAGACUUAUGUCUACUACAUCUACGGCACCGACCACAAAGUGUACGUGGUGGAUUACCCCGAGAGGUACUGCUGUGGCUGCACCAUCAUCUGACAUCGCACAUCUGCCCCCAGAGCCCGCCACUCACAUUUGCCCAGGAGAUUGGCCGAGGUCUCUGAGAUGACUCACUGUUGGCUCCUCUGGACAAUUGCAUGCAAACCCUGGUGUGUCCUUCCAGAGAAUUCAGCUCCUCUGUCAAGCUACAAGUCCUUCUGGAGCCCGUCUGGCGGAAUCUAUCGUGUCUAACCUACAAGAAUUCAUCUACACACACUGCUUUAGGAGGAAUAACUUAAGCGGUGGGGGCUUUGCCUCUGGCCUGUGAACUAAAGCCCUGAUUGAGCGUGGGGUUGAUUUUACUUUUCCCUGGGUCAGUCUCAGUUCUGGUGUGUCUCUGCUAGUUUGGGCCUUUUGUGGAGCUGAGUGAUUCUGAAAUGUUGAAAGAUAAGACAGAAAUUAGCUGCCUCUUAUGCACACCAAAUAGUGCACUUAGGCAAAAAACGUACACAAUUUUACUCCUCAUUCUGUGGGUCAGGAAUUCAGACAUAGCCAUGGUGGGAUGGCUUAUCUCUGUUCCAUGACGUCUGGUGCCUCACCUGGAAGUAUCAAAGGCUGGGGUGGCUCAAGGGCAGGGGCGCUGAAAUCAUCUGAAGGCUGGUUCACCCAGAUACCUGGUGGUCGAUGGCGGCUUUCGGCUGGAACACCUACAUGUGGCCUCCCCAUGUGGCAUGGGCUUCCUCACAGCAUGGCGGCUCUCAGGGUAAGCACCCCACACAUGUGCCCCAAUUAAAGAGACAGAGAUCUGUUCCCAGACUGGAGAACAAACCCGCUGUGUUGGCUAGACCAAGGGUCUGUAUGCUAAUCUCUAACAUGGUGCCUGUGCAUGGGUAAAUUUUAGAGAGUGAUUUUGGAUAUAUGCAGGUUCUUACAUCACGUGCUGACCUUAGAACCUGCCCACUGAGUAGAAGGUGACCUGGAUGUCCUGUGUACCCAGUCCCAGGCAGGAACUCCCACCUGGUGCAGUGAGGCUGGGUGGGUGGAGGGGACACCCUGCACACUGAAUGCCCGGUUGGCUUUGGAGGGGUGGUUCGGGGGCUGCGUGGGCCACUGUGUACCUGGUUGUGAGUAACCAGAUGUCCCUAUCAUCUUACAAUGCCUGCCCCCACCCGGAAGGGGAGUGCUACACCCCAGGAGGGCCAGUCCGUACCCUCUUGAUUCCCAAGCUCCUGCUGGCCUGCAGCCCUCGUCCCCCAUAGGGUAGAAGCAUGUGGACAUAAUAGGCCUGGUUGGGGGAGGCUCAGGUUGCGGGGGUGGUCUGAGGCCAUUCCCCUGGGGCAUCGUACAAAUGGAGGGGACGGUUUUUGGCUGUUGCCAUCAUGGGUGGACAGAGCCCAGGAAAGCGGGGCAUCCAGCAGUGCUCGGGGACGUCAGCACAGUGGAGUGGCAUUCCACGUGUUACAUGGCUGGCAGAUACCCCGCUGACACGGAGAACUUACUUCUACAAGGUCUCAUCAGUUAUUAAUGCAGUGCGGAUUUUUAUUUGGUGUUCGCCUCUGUUCUUUGAUUUUCUGGUAUGUCUCGUUUGAAACGGCUUCUGAUCCUCUCCCUUCUCUCAAGUACAAACUUGGAACUCUAAUGCCUUCGUUGGGGUUCCUCGGGCCGCUGUGCUUGAGCCUCACAGAUUGAAAUACAUGUAUUAAAA